CCGGCCGUAUUUGUAGGUUCCCGGUGCGUGAGGAAUUUGCGGACAACCUAGACAACCCAGAUCCAGUUCCACUACUUUAUCUGCUGGAGAAGGGGAGUGCAACUGAGGAUAUGGGUGAGGGCAAUGGCGUCACUGAGCAAUCUCAAAUGGAGGAUGUAGGAGCAGCAGCCGCAACGCAACAAGUUGGCGACUCUUUGCGAGCUGAAUCUCCAACAAGGUAUGCUCAAUCAACAGGCAGAGUGAAUCCACAAGCCCCCGGUUGGACGAAAAGGCUCCGGCUCGGAAGUGCACCACCUGACUGGGUGCCUUGCCCGUCGAGGAUGAGCGCACUAGAAAUUUCAAUCCGGAAGUAUGUAGAGCAACCUGAUAAGAGCGUCGUUAAACCAGAGCCGGGACUUAGUUUCGAUUCGUUGGGAGAGGCAUAUGAUUUCUAUAACCUAUACUCGUGGGAAGUGGGUUUUGGGAUAAGAUAUGGAAAAAGAAGACUGAACGCUGAGAGGACUAAAAGUAUGCAGGAAAUAGUAUGUGGUUGCUCGGUGAGUACUAGUUUUCAUACAACAAAUAAGCUGAACCAAAUUGCAGAUGUAACAUUUUAUUUGGUUGGUUCAGUGCAUACUGUUUCUUGGAUUAUAAGAGAACACGUGUACUUACAUGUUUGCUUCAUGGCCUGCAGGGAAAACCGGAGACUGGAAACAGUCGGUCGUGUAGAUGUGAGUGCCUAGCUCUGAUAAGGCUAUUGCGUGCAUCCGACAACAGCUGGUACAUCACAGAGCAUCGAGCAAGUCAUAACCAUUCCAUGUCGCUGACAAUGGGAGAAAAAGUGCGCUGGCCAUCUCAUAAGCAUAUAGAUGUUUACACCAAAGACUUGAUAAAGCAGCUGAGGGAAAACAAUGUUAAUCUGGGAAAAGUGUACAUCAUCAUUGGGAGCUUUUUUGGGUCUGUGGAAAAGGUCCCCUUCACGAGGAGGACACUCGGGAAUAUAUGUCGCAAGAUUAGCCAUGAACAGGCUGAAGACGACGUUCGGAAGACACUUCAGGCGUUUGCUGACAUCCGGGCAAAUGACCCCGGAUUCUCCUAUGUGGUGUUAGCCGAGAAAGACAGCAAAGUUAAGAACCUGAUAUGGGCUAACGGGAACAGCAGGAUGCAGUACAAAUUCUUUGGCGACAUUGUGACUUUUGACACCACCUAUAGGACAAACUUAUAUGAUAUGCCAUUUGGCCUAUUUGUCGGAGUCAACAACCACUACCAAAGUAUUAUCUUUGUGGGGGUGUUGAUGCG